UGAAAUCCCAUGAACAAAUACACCACAAUAGGCAUUCCCAAACAAUAGUAGCUGUCCCUUCACCAAUUCUGUGCAAGAAACUCAACAUUCACUCUCUCAAUCUCUUCCUGUCAUAUUUUGGCUCACUAAAACCCCUUCCGCACACCAAGACCGCCAACCAUCAUUGUCUGCCUGUGAAAAUCUAAUACGCUUGGUCUGCUGGUUAUUGAUAACCACUCACUCAUUAUGGCGCCUUCACGACAGCGUCAGAGUAUUCCCAAAGAUCGCCUUUCAAGCUAUCUGGGCUCUCUACGGACCCAGACUUACACCGAUCCUUUGCUUCGUGGGGCAAGCUCUCAUGGGUAUGUAAUUAUUUCUCCUUUAUGUUUUGAUUGUGAGCUCGCAGGCUACCCUUCCAUGGAAGUUUCCGUGGAAGUUGAGAUGUUUUAUGACUGGCUCCUUCAUUUCCAUUAUUUAUGGGGUUCUGAUUCAUAUCAACAUCGCUUAUGAACGAGGAAUGGCAUGCGAGUCUCGAGUCCAUGAUUGUUAAAGUCUAUAGCUAAUUAGAAUUCAAGGAUAAAGUCCAUCGCGUGGAACCCACAAGGCACUUUGAUAGCAACUGGGGCUGCCGAUAGAACACUACGAGUGUAAGUUUUGUUGCAUACGCCUCAUUAUAAGUAAUCUUUACUGAUCUCAAUCCACAGCUGGAACCCCGAGAAAAGAGAUGUUCGUUACUCGACGGAGCUCAAGGGUCAUACUGCCGGAAUCGAAAAGGUGGCUUUCAAUCCAGUAAAGGAAGCCGAACUUUGUAGUGUAUCAAGUGACGGUAUUGUCAGAUUUUGGGAUGUAAGGACCAAGGCUGUCAUCAAUGAAGUCAAAGGUUUAGGAGAUGCGUUUACAUUGGCAUGGAGUCCGGAUGGAGAAAGUCUAGUUGUGGGAAAUAAGGUGAGUGCUCAUCACCCAGAUAACCACAAUACAGAGCCAAAAUUUAAAACAAGACGCUGACAACUCUUAGACCGACAAUAUCUUCGUUCUGUCGCCGACACAAACAACGCCACUUGCUUCGCAUCAACAGAAUGUUCAAACGAACCAGACAUGUUUUUGUAACAGUGGCACUAAAAUAUUCUUGACCACGGGAGAGGGACGAGUAAAAGUCCUUUCCUAUCCCGAUUUCAAUCCGGUGUUCACUACUAUCUAUGAUCCUACAAUACCCUUUACGCUAAACGGUCACACCUCAUCUUGUCUUUCUGUUGAGAUGCAGCCUAGUGGAAGAUACCUUGCCACCGGGGGAUCAGACUCGAUAAUUGCUCUCUGGGACACAACGGAUUGGCAUUGCCAGCGGACAUUGAUCGACAUGGUCGGACCAGUUAGGAGCAUGAGUUUUACUUUUGAUGGCAGUUACGUCGUAGGAGGUAGUGAUGAAGGGGCCGGUUUGGAGAUUGCUCAUACGGAGUCAGGAGACUAUCAACACUCCAUCAAGACUGCAGGACCUGCACCAAUUGUUGCAUGGCAUCCCAGUCGUUACAGUUUGGCUUAUACCGACAUGGGUUCUUUGCGAAUUCUUGGGUUUGAUGGGGAGAGGAAGUGAACAAGGCUGAUUUGGGCAUCAGAAUGGGGGUUUAGGGGUUAGCUUGACUGGCUUUCUGAAGAAAGAAAGCGAAAGGGCGUUUCGAAUAUACCAGUAAUUGAAGUUACUUCCAGCCAGUUCCUACUUUUCUGCUACCUUGUAUCUUGAUUUUCAUCCUAUAUAUGUUGUAUGUGUGUUCUUUUAGUUUUAGUUCUGGC